CUUUACACUGACCGAGUCCUGCUAUUGGCUGUUGCCAGGUUACGGCGCGGCGGUAGUGCCACGUCGCCCAUGUUUGAGGCCCCGGCGGGGGGGGAGUGGCCGAUUUUCCGGGAGCCGGAGGCCGGAGUGGCUGAGAGACAUCGGGCCCGGGCUCAUCGCUGACGAUGAAAGCAUUGAUUCUGGUUGGAGGCUACGGCACGCGGUUACGACCGCUGACACUCAGUGUUCCAAAACCGCUGGUGGACUUUUGCAACAAGCCCAUUCUUCUGCACCAAGUGGAAGCUUUAGUAAAGGCUGGUGUAUCGCAUGUGAUCCUCGCUGUCAGCUAUAUGUCAGAGAUGUUGGAGAAGGAGAUGAAGGAACAGGAGCAGCGGCUGGGUAUUCGUAUCUCUCUCUCUCAUGAGAAGGAACCUUUAGGAACAGCUGGACCCCUCGCUCUGGCCCGUGAGCUGAUCACCAGCAGCUCGGAACCUUUCUUUGUCCUAAACAGCGAUGUCAUCUGUGAGUUCCCCUUUGAAGAGAUGGUCCGCUUUCACAAGCAUCAUGGAAAGGAGGGUACCAUUGUGGUCACUCGAGUAGAGGAACCAUCCAAAUACGGGGUUGUGAUAUAUGAAGCGGAGAUCGGGCGGAUACAUCGAUUUGUGGAAAAGCCUCAAGUGUUUGUGUCAAAUAAGAUCAAUGCUGGCAUGUAUAUCUUUAGCCCCACAGUCCUGAACAGGAUCCAGCUCAGGCCCACCUCCAUUGAGAAGGAAGUUUUCCCUGUCAUGGCACAGGAGGGACAGCUGUAUGCCAUGGAGCUGCAAGGGUUCUGGAUGGACAUAGGGCAGCCCAAAGAUUUCCUGACUGGGAUGUGCAUGUACCUGCAGUCCCUUCGACACAAAGCACCGGACAGACUGCACCAAGGGCCUGGCAUUGUUGGAAAUGUGCUGGUGGACCCAAGCGCCCAGAUUGGAGAGAAAUGCUACAUUGGACCAAAUGUGACAAUUGGCUCUGGAGUGGUGAUUGAGGAUGGGGUACGGAUAAAGCGCUGCACAGUCCUGAAGGGCUCACGGAUACGCUCGCACUCCUGGCUGGAGUCCUGCAUUAUUGGCUGGAGCUCCGACGUAGGGCAGUGGGUGAGGAUGGAGAAUGUUGCAGUCCUGGGAGAGGAUGUGAUUGUGAAGGAUGAGCUGUACUUGAAUGGGGCCAAUGUCCUACCUCAUAAAUCAAUCGCUGACUCUGUGCCUGAACCUAAGAUAAUUAUGUAGGUUACAGCAACUGCUUGAGAGGGAUGCUAGCCCCAAGUCUGAGCUAAAGGGAUGAACUGUGCCAAUCGCAAAUGGAUAGAAUGGAGCUGAUCAACUAAUUAAUGAGGGUCUGGAUGCUUCAUUAAUUUGCCCCUCCUGAACCAGAAUUCACACUGACAAAUUACUUUGGAGAUACUCUUGUAGCUCCCCAUUUUCCACCUGUGGGUAUGAGGGAUGUCCAACUUGAAAUGGCUGAAGUUCAUUUCCCACAACUAUUUGCUACUUAUAAUUAUUGAUGGUGGUUCUGAGAGGGGAAUAAGUCUUCUGAUGCAGGACUGGAUCCAGUGCUUUGGCACAUCUUUUGCUGGUUAGAGGUUGGCUUUUAAAGCAUUUCUUGGAAAAGCUUUACCUCUCAGCACUUUCUAAGGUUGAUGUACUCUGUUUUCUGGAGGCUAAGUCUAUCUCACCAACAGUAUCAUUAGCACAGCAUAAGACACAUGGCCGGCGUCUGGAUGGGUUAUCCCUGCGAUUCUCUCUUCUUGGGUCUGUGGCAUCUUCUUCAAAAUAACUUUGGAAAAUACUUAAUUCCAUAAAUCGUGUAGAUUGCAGCUUCAAGGCAGGAAAUAAUGAGAGCAGAGGUGGUGAUACAUGUCACACCCAGUUACCAGCUUGCUCUUGCUGUACUGAUGCUGGGUUCAAUCCCUCAUAUAAAAUUCCACAUUGUAACUGUAGCUCUAUAAGGCUAUAAUGUAGGGUGGGGAAGGAUUGUUUGAGAAUAAACAUAGGGUUCUGACAUGUCUGCACUAUGCUAGAUGCUUUGACAUCAAUGCUUCUCUGCUGCUUACAGCGAUGUCGUUCCCUGGAGGUCAAUGAAGGUGAGCAUGUUUUAAGGUGUAAGCAGUUACCCAGUCAAUGGUGAAAUAAUGACCAACGAUAACAGUAGGAGCUCCAAGCCAACUUGAGUUUUUAAAUUAACUUGCAUGCUGGUUUUCUAUAAACUCAGCUUUAUUUGGAAUUAGGGAGUUGCCUGUCAGUGGAAGGUAUUAUUCAGAUUAAGAUUUGUUUCUUGGAACAGAUGUGAAAGUGGCUGCUGAAAGUGCCUGUAAAGUGAGUGAAGCACUUCAGUUGUAUUUUAUGCAAAUGAAGCCAAGCAGAAUUGUAUAGGUUUCAUAACAAUAGCUGUAGUCUUUGUGUUGGCUCUAUCUGUGCUAAACACAACUUGAUUAGUGUACUCCAAAGGUGCUUAUUUAAUUAUCAAAGAGUUGACCUCUACCAGGUGGGCAGUGAGCUCAGUACUUUCAACUUUCACAUUGCAAUGGAUUACAGACCUGCCCCAGUUGUUUUGUAAAACUGGUUAUUAGUACAUUUUGAAUGGAGAUGGGAAGAAUACUCUCAUCACUGUAACUGCAAUUGCUGUUUAGCUGAUGUUUUAUUUUGACAUGCUGGUAUAUGAAUGGAGACUAGGUGGGAGUUAGGGAAUGGUUAAGGGGUGGUUGCACUUGGUAGAAAGUUGCCAGCAUUCUGAUGGAUGAAGCAAUGACAUCAUGUCGCUGUUUCCUGGCUGCACUGAAUUAUUUUUAAAAAUAUAUAUUUUGUGGAUUUUAAGUAAAAGAGCUACAAGUCUGA